UUCCGGUUGAAUGUCAGAAUUUGGAAUUCUUGUUAUUUUUCUCUUAUUUGUGAGGCAUUUUUGAAGUGGGGACGCCACUGUGCAUUUAAAGACAUGCGAAACUGAACUUAAGUAUCCAUAUGAAAAAUUCAUUGGAAGACUUUGUAUAUUUAUAUUGACUGAUUAUCAGAUUAUUGUAUAUAAUAUAUUAGCAAUAAACAGCAGUACUGUACUCUGCCUCUGGUCUAGCUAGACUCUUUGAACAAUAGUCUUCACUUAAUCAUGUUUAGUACUUCACAAACAAUAUGCCAUUUAACAAUUCAAAAUAUGGUGAAAGAGUAAGUGAAGACUACCUUAAAUGCUAGGUAGUUGAGCAUAAUGCGGAAGAUGCUGCCUGGUAUUGGAGUGUUUGGGACAUCCCCAAGUAUCCGCUCAUUUGUGGCCAUUCUGAACUCUUGUGGAUUCAGAGUGGUUGCUCUUUGGGGCCGUGUGAAAUCAGAAGCAGAUCACCUAGCUCAAGAGCUGAGAAUUCCCAUCAGUACUGAUAAUGUAGAUGAAAUCUUACUAAACAAAGAUGUAGACGUUAUUGUCAUCAGCUGUCCACCCCAUAUGCAGUCUCCAAUAGCAGUAAAAGCCCUUGGCAUUGGAAAACAUGUUUUGUGUGGGACACCGGCAGGACCAACGCAGAUUGAAUCUCAUAAGAUGGUACAUGCAGCUGGGUACUAUCCAAAACUUGUGGCUAGGAUGAUCUACGGUCUUAGGUAUUUACCUACCAUCAACUCUAUGAGAAGGUUGAUAGAUGAGGGAUUCCUUGGGGAGGUAAAGAUCUGUGAAAUUAGAGUAAACUUCUGGAACUAUCCAAAGGAGAAGUUUGACUGGACAUGUGAUGAAACUAUGGGUGGUGGGGUUUUAAACUCCAUUGGCAGCAAUCUCAUUGACGUUGUCACAUACUUGACCUCGCAGAAGGCAAUCAGUGUUCAAGGCCUUCUGAAAACUUACACCAAACAGACUGAAAAAAUUAAGGGCAUUAGAGAAAUAACAAGUGAUGACUUUUGCUCCUUCCAACUGGAGCUUGACUGUGGAGCUUGCACUACUGUAACUAUAAAUUCCCACAUGCCAGGCCAGUUUUACCAAGAAAUUGUCAUAGUUGGAACAAAAGCAAGGCUUACAGCUAAAGGAGCCGAUCUUUACGGGCAAAAGAAUGACUCAAGAAAAGAAGAAUUACUUCACUUUGACCCGAUUAACUUUAAAGAAGAGGAAAGGUAUGGGGUAUCAGAGAAGACGCGUUCAGUAAUACCCACACCUUACCUGAAAGGUAUAAUUAGAAUGAUGGAAAGUGUGAAAGAAGCCUUUGAUAAGGAAGAAGAAAGACAAAGCUACUGUCAGGAGAUGCUGGAAAAUGCUGCCACCUUUGAGGACUCCGUGUAUGUUCAGACUGUCAUUGACGCUAUAAGGAAAUCAAAUCGGAGCAAGGAGUGGGUGAAGGUUGAAGUUAAGACAGAGGAGCCACCAAGUCCAAUUCUCCCACAUGGGGCAGGGAAAAACUCUGGCUCACUUGUGCAAUAAACUAUAAAGUCAGAUUAUAUGUCACAGUAUUGUAAACAUUUGGUUAAAUGAUUGCGUGUGUAGUUAAAUGUUUCUUUUAUAACUUUUUAAUGUGAAUAAUAUUGCAUGCAUAUUUUAUAAUAACAUCCAAUGAGUGGCACAAAGAAUUGGUUGGUCUUGAAGUAAAUUUUACAUUUUUUUUUUAUUUGCACAACUCAAAUGGCCAAUCUUUUCCAUCUAAAUUUAAGUUUAGCGUAUAAAUGACCUUCAAAACAUGAUGCGCUAUAGGUGCAGCUCUUUUUUUCACAUAAAAAUGUUGGAAAAUUUAGUGUUUAAAUUCAUAAGACCUAUUUUUGAUUGCCACAAUUUAAAUUUUAACACUUUUGACCUUAUUCAUGAUAUUUGUAAUUUCAUCAAUUUUCUCCAUACAUGUAUGAUGGAUUUAGUAUAAACAGUAUUGCAACAUUAUAAAUUCAUUAUAUUCAUGUGUACAGAACAUGAAUUAAUUUCAGAAUUAGUAGUUUAGAUUUAACAUAUUGCACUUUUUGUUUGAUUCACUUCAUGGUAAUUUUUUUUAUGCUAAAUUUCAGGUUUUAUUAAUUAAUUAAAACUAAAUGCAUGCUAAUUAUAGGGUCGUUGGUUACAUUGGUUAUUGGUCCCAGGUUUGAAUGAGGGCAGAAGGGCAUGGUUCUGGUGUAAACCUGUCCAGCUAAAACUGUAGAAUACAAGCUUCAAUUGCUAUAGAUUAAUUUUGUUACUGAUUGUUUUUCUCUUUUGCUUUACUGACUGAUUUUUUUUGCAUUUAUCUAUAUAUUUACUCUUUAACAAGCGAAGAAAAAAUCAUUUUACAACUUGUCUCAGCUGAGUUUACCUGUUUUAAAACGGUGCAUAAUGUUUCCAAGUUUAUAGUGUGUAAAUCCAGUAAAUUUCGAAUUUGAAAAAUAUGCAAAAACUGCGAAAGAUGCAUGUGUCCUUAGAGAUCUACAUGUAUUACAUCUGUAAGCAAGAUUUAAUGAGUUGUACGAUAUCAAUUUAAUGUAAAGUAAGUUUUUGACAAUUUUCUCUUUUCUUGUAAUCAUAUCAUCUGUUGCCUAGACCCCAUAAACAAAUAUUAUUAGAUAUAAAACACAAGUAAAAGCAUGAACAUACAUGUAUUUACAUAUUGCCAGUAUAAUUGUUGUCUCCACAUCGCUGGUUUUUAUUUGCUAGUAAUUUUUUGUCAAUAUUAUUUAUGGAUUCAUCAGAUUGUCAUUUAAUCAUAAUCAACAGCCUUUAUAAAAAAAAUAAUGUGGUUAAUAUGUGAAUAAAAAAUAUUUAUA